AAUGACGUUUAGGUCAUAUCAUUACGUCACGGUCACGAUAAACAACUCACAACUCAACAAAGUAAUAUGAUUGACGGAUUAUUAUAGAGAAUUGUAAUUAUGAUAGCGUGGUCUGUGGUUAAAGACUUGUAAUUUGUUACAAGUUGUACAAACAAGUGAUAAGCGCAAGUACUGAAUGUGAUAAUUUAUUUUUAUGAAAUAUGACAAAUCCAAGUUGAACUAAUAAUGAAUACCAAAAGCUGUGUCAUCUACACAAUUGUCUGUUUCGUUUUAUUCUGGAAUAUUGUAUCUCUACAAGAUGCAAACCAGACCAACUCGUCUAUUGCUCCAGUGGGAAAACGUGUAAACGACUCUGAUAAAGUAAAAUCUGCUGAUAAUGGAAGGGAACUCACCACUUCUGCAACUGAAAGUAAACUUGAAGUUACACCUUCCCCUACAAACUCUUUUUCAGCAACGAAUCUCACAGCAUCUUCUCCAAGCAAUAAAACUAAUUUUACUAGUCCUACUACCACAGUAAGUACACAAAACCUCACCAUCCAGAAUACAACAACUCAACAAACUGUUGAUCCCGUCCCAGUGUUACCAGCUAAAGAAUCAGCUGAAGAUGAGCAUAAUAGCUCCAUGGCUAUUUUUUUUGUCCUGUGUGUCCUUGCACUUGGUAUACUGCUGAUUCACCUAAUGCUUCAGACCCAUUUUCAAUAUGUACCAGAAAGCAUAGUUAUAGUGUUCCUAGGAGCUUUGAUUGGGCUCAUCAUGAAUGCUCUUUCGAAUCGGAAUAUAAGCAACUGGAGGAAAGAAGAAGCCUUUUCACCAACAGCAUUUUUCCUUAUUCUCUUACCGCCUAUCAUCUUUGAGUCAGGCUACAACUUACACAAAGGUAAUUUUUUCCAAAAUAUAGGUUCCAUACUGGUUUUUGCUAUUUUGGGUACAACAAUAUCUGCUCUUGUGAUAGGCUUUGGAAUAUACUUCCUUGGUUUAGCAGAUGUUGUCUAUAGGUUAGGUUUUGUUGAAUCUUUUGCUUUUGGAUCUCUUAUAUCCGCUGUGGACCCCGUUGCAACUAUAGCUAUUUUUCACGCUCUCAAUGUGGAUCCCAUUCUUAAUAUGUUAGUUUUUGGUGAGAGUAUUUUAAAUGAUGCCAUCGCCAUUGUACUUACCAAUGCGGCAUUGGAAUCGAAUAAUCCUGAUAAUAGUACAGGGGAAGCUAUUGUACUAGGAAUUCAAAGAUUCUGUUUGAUGUUCUUUGCCUCAGCAGGUAUAGGGGUGAUAUUUGCCCUCGUAAGUGCUUUAUUAUUGAAACAUGUUGACUUGAGAAAAAAUCCGUCCCUAGAGUUUGGAAUGAUGUUAGUUUUUACGUAUGCACCAUAUGUUUUAGCUGAGGGGAUACAUCUUUCGGGUAUAAUGGCGAUUUUAUUCUGUGGCAUAGUCAUGUCACAUUAUACCCAUUUCAACCUUUCAACUGUCACUCAAAUAACUAUGCAACAAACACUUCGAACAUUGGCUUUCAUUGCAGAAACUUGUGUCUUUGCAUACCUAGGUUUAGCUUUGUUCAGUUUCAAGCACAGAGUAGAACCAGCUUUGGUAGUUUGGAGUAUUAUUUUGUGCUUAUUAGGAAGAGCUUGCAAUAUCUUUCCUUUAGCAAUCCUAGUCAAUAGGUUCAGAGAGCAUCAAAUAACCAAGAAAAUGAUGUUCAUUAUGUGGUUUAGUGGACUACGAGGGGCUAUUUCGUAUGCUCUCUCUCUUCAUCUCAGCUUUAGUGAUGAGACGAGACAUGUUAUCAUCACUACAACACUGAUAAUUGUGCUGGUAACCACUUUAUUCUUUGGAGGGUCUACUAUGCCUCUAUUAAAGUUCAUGCAAGCUACUAAGAAUCCAUCUAGGAGGUUGAAGAAACGCAAGAAAGACAGAGAAGUGACUUUGAGCAAAACUAGAGAAUGGGGACAAGCCUUGGAUUCAGAACACUUAUCUGAGACUACAGAGGGAGAAAUGGAAGUUUCAUUUGUCUCGGAUCGUAUCAAAGGAUUUGCCAAGUAUGAUUUGAAGUAUCUUAUUCCAUUUUUCACCAGGAGGUUCACCCAACAGGAACUCAAAGAUUGCAAAAGUCAGAUGACCGAUCUAACUAACCAAUGGUACCAGGCUAUUAGGAUUUCCCCCGACCAGUCUGAUGAUGAAGGCCCUGCUACUGCAAGAUCAAGUAUUUCCAGUAUAGUUCGCUGACUAUCAAAUAAGCCCAAGGAUGAAUCUUCAACCUUAUUAACUAGCAUUGAUAAAAAACAGUAUUGAUAUUUGGAUUCCUUUUACUAGUCACAAUGGAUGUACUUAUAUUUUUAUUUUAUGAAAUACACCUCAAAAUUACUAGUUUUUCUUAUAGAUAUGGGAGCAUGUGAUGUGUGUAUAUUGUUGAACAGUCCGCGGGACUCUAAUUGUUUUUGUAAAGUUUGGCGAUCUAAUAAAAUAUAUAUUCUUGUCAUGUUAA